AGCCUAUCUUGGGAAAUUAUGGAUCAGACUGGUUUUAUGGCUGUUACUUCUGAAGUAUAUCACCUCACUGACAGCAGUUAAUGAGGUAGUCAGUGAUCUGAAGGAAGCAAUAUGCUGGAUCUACAAAAAAAGGGAUCAUAUGGCACAUCAAGCAGCCAGACAGCAGCAGUGAGGCCCUUCCAUCAUACACUACUUUACUCACCCAGCCAAGGGAUGGAUGUCUUUGCCCAGCGAAGUGAUGAAUGUCUUCAAGGGAUUCUAUAUUUUGGUCAUAUAAAUAACAGCUGUUAAUUGUUAGCUUCGAAAAAGUACGGAGGUAAGGAGGCAAGGUUGGACAACUUCAUAUUGGAACGUGUCCCAGAGUUGGAACUGAGCAUUUUAUCCAUGCUUUCGCUGACUGCCUACUCUGCUACUUAGAUGCCUCUCACAAAAGAUGUGGUCUGCUGUUCGGUUUCGUCUUCUACCUGCCAUCAAGCUUUACCUGCUUGGUUUUAAAGUCUUGUUGGCUCAGCUGUUAAACAAACCUUUGAAGCUACCAGUGAUGCCCAGACAAGAUGGCAUGGUUGCCAUAGUGACAGGAGGAGGCAGGGGAAUCGGCUUUGAGGUAGUCCGCCACUUGGCCAGACUGGGGGCACAUGUUAUCAUAGGUGGAAGGGAUGAGCUGGAGGGUCUUGCAGCCGUCAGAAGGAUCCGUGAAGAAUACAAGGAGGCCGAAGUGGAAUUCAGGAAAUUGGACCUAGCCUCGUUGCAGUCUGUCCGUCAAUUUGCCCAGAGCUUUAAGGAGAGGAACCUACCACUAAAUCUUCUGAUUAAUAACGCGAGUGUAAUGCUGGUUCCUGAGGGGCGUACUCAAGAUGGAUUUGAACUGCACUUCGCUGUGAACUACCUAGGCCACUUCCUGUUGACUUGGCUACUCUUGGACACACUAAAGGAUUCUGGGAAAUGUAGUUAUGUCUCCCGUGUGAUUAGUGUUUCAUCAUCAGCCCAUCGCAUCGGGGAGAUCAAGCUAAAUGACUUAAAUUGCUGCCAGCAUUAUUCAGCUCACGCUGCUUAUAGUUGCAGUAAGCUGGCGCAGCUGUUAUUCAGUUCACACCUCCACCAAGAGAUGCAGCGUGGAGGUUUCCCAGUGAUCUCAUGUGCUGUGGAUCCUGGCAUGGUGGAUACUGCUCUCUAUCGCCACCUCUGGACACCUCUCCGUCUAGCACAAAGAGUCGUUGCUCACCUGUUUUUUAGGAGUCCUGCAGAGGGUGCUGCCACUGUGCUGUCAGCUGCUCUGUCACCAGCCCUGGAUGGGGAUUGUGGAGGAGGCUACUGGGCCAAUGGGCGUAGAGAGAUGACAUCACCACCUACCUUUGAUCUGCAGCUUCAACUGAGCUUAUGGGAAAUCAGCAUCCAGUUGCUGGGCCUACAGUAGCUUUUGACUUUAAGAUGAGCAACAGGACUAGACCUGUUUGAAAACAUCAUGUUAAGACCCUAAACUUGGGCCAACCAGCCACAUUCUUCUUCUCCUUUUUUAUUUUUUGCUUCAUCCAAACUUCAAGGUGUUGGUAGUAUUUUAUGUUGGGAGUAUCACAAUCCACCGCUGGACUGUGAUUGGUGUUUAGGGAGUGAAUACCUCCUUUUUGUUGCAAAGAAGGGCUACACAGGAUGGAUAGUUUUGUUUGUUUUUUUUUUACCUUUUUUUUCAAUGUGAGUAAGAAAAUCUACAAUACUUGGACUCACAUAAAGGCUACCUAGCAAUGCAGUGGUAUCUUCUGUCUUAGAUCUUAGGCAGCGGCACUUCAUUCAUAAGCCAUUCAAAGGUUAAUGUCGUCAAACUGAUUCCCUGAUCAGAGCAAUUUUAAGAUAUCCAAAUAGUGAAUUUGCCCCUCACAAAAAUCCACAAUGAUGCAGGCCUGGCUCUGCCUUAAUGUCAUUAAACUGGCUUUAUUUAAUAAGCAAUGAACUAAAUUUAUCUCAGCGACUCCUCUGUAUUGAGUUUAAAUUCAUGCAAACAGUAAGAAGUGUUUUGGCAAUAAUUUAAUCAUUUGUAUAAAUGCUGCAGAAGAAUGUGCUGAUAAAACCCAGGCAUACAUAUUUCAACACUGAGACAAUGAUCUGGUCAAACCCACCUUGCUGCGUGGGGAGGAAUGUGUUAAUAUCAGUUUACCCUGACACAUCACACAGUGGCCACGAUUACAUGAUGUUUUUUUUAAUUCCGAAUUAAUUAUUCAGAAUUAAAUCAUUCAGAAUUACAAUAUUAUCAUUCGCGUUUACAUGGAAGUAGUAAUUCCAAAUUGAUGUUUAGAUGGAAAACAUGUUUAAUUUCCUUUAUUCAAUUCCAAUUACAAUCUCGGGGUUGGGAAGGGUUUUAGUUCUAGUUUUGAAGCAGCAGCUCGACACUAGCAUACUACUUCUCUUUGGCCAGCUGAGGAGAAGGGAACUAGAGUACCGUAUCAUCAUCUCGACAGGACAAGGGACAUGCGCAGAACGACCUGAAUUAAUUUAAAGUGGAAUGAACAUAUACAAGAUCGAAUAAUUCAGAUUUAAAAUCAGAAAAAACCCGCCACUUACUUCAGAUUUAAGGUUAAUUCGGAAAGACCAUUUUUAUUCAGAAUAAGGUGUUUUUAAGAUAAUUUAAAAUCUUUUAAAAAUGACUUUAAUUUUCAUUCAGAAUUAAGAGAACCUAAACUUGUAAACGUGGCCAUUGUUUUCUUAAAGUCAUGUUGCCAUCCUGCCUGUUUUACUGGGAGCACUUUAUUUUAUUUCUUACAUUCUUGAGCUUUUACUAGUUGCUGCCAAAUGUGUGUGAUAACUGCUGGUUGUAGUUGUAUGAUAGCAUUAAAAAUUAGAAAAAGUGAACUUUAACUGUAACCAUCAACAUGCUCUGAGCCCAUAAUCUGUUCCUUUUCCCUCUCUCUACCACUCAGCAAUCCAUCCUAAGACAUUCUCUGCACUGUUAAGAGGAUCUUGGACACCACUGAAAAAGAAAUAGAUAUUAUAUAAAAGUAGGCUUAAAUUAAUAAUUUUCCCUCAACUUGAGAGUGGCAAAACAUGUUUUUGUGACCAGGAAUUUGCAGGAAACACAGGAGCUCCAGAUGCUUUCAGUGGCUUCUGUUUGCUCAGUAACAAAAAGGAGGAUGAAGAACCAUCCUCCUCUCACCAUUUUCCUUUGUGAUCUGUGUUAAUCGCUUUUGCUGUGAUACUUGUGUGUGUGUGUGUGCGCGCGUGAGCAUUAGGCACACAAGUAAAGAAUUAACUCGUCUAUGGACCAAAUUCAUGUUGAUUGACAGUCCUGGAGGAGAGGGAGAGAGAGAGGGAAAGCACUUUUUUGUGUGUGUACAAACUGUGAUUGGUUCCUCAUUGCUGCUGCUAACGCCGCUUCCUCAUUUGGCGCUGCUCCCAGUGCAUUGUGGGAUUGAGAUUUCCCAGUGGUGAGAAUCAAACUCCAUCUGCUUAGCUGACACACACAUUCACUCUGAAAGACUAGAAGCAGUACAUUCAGGAAAAGGCUUAUCCAAACAAACACUCAGCAAACAAACAUGUCUGUCUUUCAUGCAGGGAUAUGCUCUCACACACAUACAAAUACAAGUUGUGCCAUAAUGCCAUCUCCACUGUGAUUUAAUGCAGUUUAACUGUGAUGAUGAAAUGUUCAUCUCAAAUUGACAAGUUCAAGCUAAAUUCUUUGACAGCAUGUCAUUGGUGUAUGUGCAUACGUAUUGUUGUUUGAAACUCCCAAUAAGCAACAAGCCUUCAUGAUUUUUCUCUGUAUGUAAAGCAAUAGUAUCACUGUGGUAGCUAAUUUAGGCACAGAAUUAGACAUUCAGAAUAAGAGCAGAAUGUGGAAGGGUUCAAAGCAAGAAGAUACCAGCCUCAAGUUACACAUUCAUCAGGAAUUUGGAUUUUCUCUACAUGUGUACAAAAUUUAAUGAAGAGUACACUGUCAGGACUGGAUACUGUCAGCUCAGAAAACCUUCUUCAAAAGAACUUCAGAUCAAACUGAACCUGCUUGUCAUCCUGAAUGAGAUGACUGUCUGAUUACAGAAAGACAAAAAUAUAAUGAUGUGUUCUGACCAUCCUUUUCAUUGUUGGGUUUGUAUUUAUAACCAUGUUGUUUUCUGGUUUGUUAUCAUUGUAUCCACUUUAUCCCAGGUGCCUGUUACAUAUGAUGCGAUUAUGUGAAUGAGUUAAUGAAGAUUGCAGACUGGUUCAUUAGACAGUCAUCCAGUACAUAAAGAAAAGGAAAUCCCCAAAGUAGGUGGUAUCCUUUAAAACAAAGCAGUUUUUCUUAGCCAAUUGUUUAAGAAGUCCUUAUCACAUAGAAGUGAUCAAGGAAGAUUCAUCUUUAAAACCCUUCAGUGUGGGAUUUUUUCAUGACACAGGAAGUCUUCACACCACAUGACAGACAUAUAAAGACAGUUUGUCAAUGUAAGUAUCACAAAUGCUAAUGAUUUAAUUUAACACUGCUGCCAUUACAUAUUGUAACAUCUACUUUGGAUUACAGACUUUGGCUGAGAUAAGGGAAGCAUCCAUAGUUGUUUGAUUUUCUGGCAUUUUCUGUGCCAGUGAAGCACCUGCUGUCACUCACUUUGUGACAUUCCUAUGUCUGUUCAUGUGCCUCAUGGGAGCAGAUCAAAGGCAAGAUUCUUGCUUUUAUUUGUUGCAACACUGUAGAAUCUUUGAUCAAAGGUACCAUCAGCUUGGCUAAGUCAUGAAAUAGGCAUCAUCUCAUUUCAUUAUUUUAUUUGCACAAAUGGACAACAUCCAGAGCAAAGUAAUAUUUUAGGGCAAAAUUUCUCUCAUGUCUGUAGAAAGGACACUACUCAUCGUCCAAUUAGCUAUAGACAUCAGGUUUUAACAAGGAGAGGAUGUUGGGAUAGGGUUUAUUUUAGAAUGAGCUGCUUAUGUUUUCCUAAAAUUAACCAUGUAGUUUUCUAAUUCCUAAACUUAACCACUAAGUUAGGUGCCUAAACCAAACUAAACGGCAAGUCAAAGCAAAAAUAAACAGUGAUUCAGGGGGAAAAAAUUUAAUGAAGUCUUAUCUAAGAAAUAUUAGAUCGGACUGACAAUAAGUGUAAUUCUGUCACCCUUCAACCUCCAAACACUUGACUUUUCCCCAUUAAAACUGGAAACUACUGCUUUUGUGUUUCAGCAAUCUAAAACCUUAACUUUAAGUAAUUAGUUUUGUCUCAGCAUCCACCAAAUUAGGAGUAGAUGGUGUUAAUAGUUGUCAAAAAACAUGAGGAUUAGACAAACAGACAGAUUCCUUCUUAUUGUUGAGCUUAUCAGAUCCUGGGCAAAGUCAAAUACACAAAAUUUUUGGGCCAUAAUUAUUUUAUUACUUGCAUGUUAUUCUGAAUAACUUUCAAGGUCAAAGUAAAAUAAAAAUUACUGCAAUGCAUUACUCUUGAGCGAGUGCUGAAGUGCACAAAAAUAAAGAAAACACUGAUCCAUUGAUUUCAUCUCAUUAGUUGCUUAAUUGUCUUAGAUUAGUUAGAAGGAAUUGACCCCUAAAUGCCAGCAAUUUUCUCAGUUUUUCACUGAGUUUUGUUUUUUGCCUCUUCAACGUUUGUCACAAUACUUGGAAACUGUUCAUCACCUCUGUGCUUCCUUGUUUGAGUGUGUGGCUCUCUGACUAGACUGCAAAUGACAGACUACCAAACAUAUUCCCACAGAAACAAAUGCGCUUGCUUCCUUGGACACAAACAAAAACACCAGCUUACUACUCAGUAGUGCUCAUACGUACAGAGCAAGGCUACAAUGUGUGCUACAUCCUGUCAAAGAGCUAUCGUCUAUUUCUCAGUCCAGCUGCUGCAGUCCUGUUUAAACCAGAGAGGGAGAUCAAGAGAGCAUUACGGACUGUCUAGGGUUUUCCCAAACAGAGUGUUUCUCCUGAAGUGUUCUCCACCGAUAGGGACAACACAUUGAACUUUCUGAACUUGAACUUCAAAUAUGGAAAAAGAGCUACAACAGCUCAAGUAACUGUUUGUGAUCUUGUCUGUAUGUGAUAUAACCGUAUAUGAUCAUUUAAAUGUGUUUGAAGAGACCAGUGGAGAUGUGUGUAGACUGAAAAAAUGCUCUUAUAGCCAUUCCUCUGUCUGACCUGGGAUCACAUUUAUAUUAAAUGUUCUGAUCCCAUGUUCUGCAAAGUCCCAUAUGUGUAUAUGUACAUGAAAAGGUGAAAGAAAGAUAUAUGUGUAAAAGGGUAACCAGAUUAACUGAACCCUUGCUGGUACUACUCAAGUUAAAAGAAAACAUGUUAAGAUUGUUUGGUUUUUUUUCCUUCUACCUUUAAUGCAUAUACUGUCUGUACUUGUUCUGAGUGCAACAUGUCACUUUAGUCUAUAGGGGCUGCAAAUACAUGAUGUACCCACCUCAGAUCUAUUUUAAACAUUCAGUCCAUCAGGACCCCUGAGGAUUUAUAAAAAGUGUAAAAUGUUUUACUUUUCUCAUUAUCUUGUUGUUAUUGAGAUACACAUCUUAUUGCUUUCGCCGUGCCUAAAAAGAAAAUGUCCUUCAUCUCUGUGUAGCUGUAAUUUUUUUUUCAUGUACAAAAAAAAAAAGUUGUAGAAACUGUGAUACCGUAUCGUCCUGUGCAUUGCUGUAAGUUUUUUCUCUCAAAGGAGUGAUGGAGGUGAUGAAUGUGUGUGUUGGUAUGUGAGUGUGUGUGUGUGUUUAGGUAAGAAAGAUCGAUAUCCAUGUUUUCUGUCGAUGGUUGUAACAUUCCAGCAGCUGCCGCCACCUUUUCUAUUAUCCAAAGCCUCUCAAUAAACAUAUCAUUGUGCCA